AUGGUUCAGAUCAAGAUCCCAAUGCUACUCACAACCUUGGGCAUCAUGAGCGCCGGUAUCGGCUGCUCUGCGGCAACUGUCACAAACAGCCUGCUACUAGCCGAUGUUGCCAAACAACUAUCCCUGCCAGCAUCGACAUGGUCAGCCAGCGGCACACACACGGCGAAGGGAUACACCAAUGAAUCGGCAGAGACGGCCUCUGUGGAGGGAUUGAAGCAAGAUUGCGACAAUAUUAACCUCAAUAAGAAGUUGGCUGUCGACUUCCGCAGCGACGUUUUUGGUCCCGGUGUUAUGGGGUUCUUCUACAAGUGCGAGAAGGUCAGCGAUGAGACCAACAACUACUGGUUCACUAUCAGUGCUGGCAACAAGACUCAGAUCAACAAGCUUUGUGAUCCUGAUACUACCUACCCCAUUAUCUAUGAUCAACAGCAUGAUACUUGGUUCAUUGAUGAGCCUUUUGAUUGUACUCGACGAACCAAUCCGAGAGACUUCUUUUAG